AUGGCAUCGGUCGGCCGAGCCCGCGACAAGCAGUGCGCAUCUAAAGGCCGGCAGCCGCGUGGAGUUAACGUUGUUAACAAUGGCAGCGCCGGCGAAGUAGAAAAGGCUGCUAUCAUCGCUAGAUGCCUUCGAAGCGGAAGGCGCCAAGCUGCUAGUAAUGAAGGUAAGGCGCAGGAGGAUGGCAAGGCAACAACGGGUGCUGCACAACUUGCGCCGCAAUAUUCGACCAAGUUGGAGCAGGAGGCGGAGGUUCCUGAGCCACAAGACUUUGUGUUCCGGCUUUGCGAAUCGAAGCAGCCCGAGAAGUUCAAGGCUCUGACGCUGUUCAACGCCGAUGGCGCCGGCUGUUUCCUCGAGGCGUCAGACGUGGUUACUAUUGUAGAUGGUCAGUGCCUCACCGACGCCAUCGUGAACUUUCACAAUGUGUUGCUGAGCAUUCGGCGCCCCACAACGCCCAACGGCACAACAUGGGUGGCAAUCGACAGCAAGGCCUUCGCGCAUGUGUCGGACUUCAACAAGCCGUAUUCAAUGGGCAAAUCAGCCAGGGUGUUCGACGUGGACUAUCUGGCGAUUCCGGUAUUCAAGAAUGUCCGUCUGGGCGUGCAGAAGCAUCAGUUAAAGCGGCAGGACAAUGAGUAUGAUUGCGACGUAUUUGUAUGCCACUACCUGAAGGUCCUGGUGGAUACCGAUUUCAGGAAUGUCAAGCUGUUUCUGUAUUUGGAGGGGGUAAGUGCUCUGGAGUUCCGCCGUGGCAUGCGUGGGGAUAUAUGCAUGCAUGCAGACCAUGAGCUUGUACCCGCACUCGUGAAACAGGGGUUGGUCGUACCGAAGCAACCCCAGCCAAAAGUGACGGUAGAUGGGGCCAUGCUUGACUCAAGACGGGAGGAUGUCAACACGAAGCUGACAAUGUACCAAGUAGAGCUGUACGGCUUGAAGAGGGACAUAGUAAUUUGGAAAGCAGCAUUCAGCGCCCUUGGAUCCGUUAUGGGCUACAGUGAUGACCAGCUCCUCGCAGCCGCAGCGCACGUGCUGCAGACGCAAAGCCUUCAAGGAGGGUUGCCUGCGCAUGGGAGCAGCAUAUCCACUGCUCCGUCGACUCCAAAGCCAACCGCGGGUGUGCGGCCGAGUGCUUCCGACAGUCCGGGGUCCAAGGGCGAUUCGGAUGCGGGGAUGGAGACAGCCUGUGCAGUCCAUGAGACGUUCGAGCUUGGGGUGGUUCAUCAGGGGCCGGUGAAGUUGGCGAUGCCGGCAGCGAGGAAACGCCGGCUGACGACUCCGUCGGUGAGUGAUGCAGAAGCGGACGUACCAUCCGGGGAGCGCAGGGGUAAGCGCCAAACGGCGACAUCGCAGUACAAGGGAGUGCGGAAGGAGAAGCGCGGGAAAUGGAGCGCCACGAUCCUUUUCCUGGAGGCAGAUAAGGCGAAGCGCACCCAGAUGAGGCUGGGGGUAUACAAUAAAGAGCUGGAGGCUGCAACGGCGUAUGCUGCAGCGGUGUACGUUGUGAAGGCAGGGAAGAGGGUGGCUGGAACGGUGGAGCUGUCGGCCCCAGAGAAGUGUAUGCUGCAGGGGUGCACAUUGUCCGCCGUUCGCCAUCUCGUCAAGGGCCGCCAAUGGUUCAGAUGGACAGAGUGGGAGACGGCAUUAGCGGACUGUCCGGAGGAGGAUACAGGAGGGGAUGGGGAUGCGCAUUCCGAAUCUCAGGAUAAUGAUAAGGAUGAUGUGUAG